AAACGUGAUCACAGUUUGUGACGCAAUUAAAGCAUGUUACAGUAGCGCACCUGUGCUGCACGUGCGAACAGCGAGUCUCUUUACUCUCUGGAGCAGCGAUAUGAAGAGUUUGAACUGGAAACUCCACUUAAAGAGGCAUAAGAUGAUGCCUUGGAUUUAGCUGGCCCACAUGAGUGAUAUGAAUAACACACUGGAGGAAAUACACACUUCUGGAAGCCUCGGAGAUAAAGUAGAGAUUUUUCAGAGUGGCAAGGGUAAUGUGAGUGGCUUUCCCAGCCCAGCCCUCAUCCCUUUGCGAGCUCCUUUACUAACACCAAAUGCCCAGAAGAGCAGGACUACGCUCUGCAAGGGAAACAGGAGCAAUAAAGAGGGAGAGGAUUCAUUCUCCUCUCCUGUUCCAAACCCUUUCCCUGAGCUUAUCCCCUCAACCCUCUCCCCCUUUGUCUCUGAAUGUUUAUUACCAUGGACCAAAAGUAGUGCAACUCAGGUAAUCAAAGUUUAUAAUGAAGAUAACACCAGCAGAGCAGUAGAGGUUCCCAGUGACAUCACUGCCCGGGACAUAUGUCAGCUGUUUGUCUUGAAGAACCACUGCAUUGAUGACCACAGCUGGACUCUUUUUGAACACCUCUCCCAUCUGGGAAUAGAGAGAACCAUUGAAGACCAUGAGUCUGUUAUGGAGGUGCUAUCGGGCUGGGGGAUGGACACAGACAGCCGGCUGUAUUUUAGGAAGAAUUACGCAAAAUAUGAAUUCUUCAGGAAACCCCUGGACUUUUUCCCAGAUCACAUGGUCUCCAUAUCCAGUGAAACCAAUGGGAUGGUGGAUCACUCUCAGAUUAUACAGACCUUUCUCAACUCCAGCACUUGUCCAGAGAUACAUGGACACCUCCAUGCCAAAGAACAAAGCAGGAAGUCUUGGAAGAAGUUUUAUUUUGUCCUGCGGAGGUCGGGGCUUUAUUUUUCCAAUAAGGGAACUUCCAAGGAACCAAGACAUCUCCAGUUCAUUGCCGACUUUAGUGACAGUGACGUCUACACCGUUUUGUCAGCCAAAAAACUACACGGAGCACCUACAGAUUAUAGCUUCUGCGUCAAGUCCACAAAGUGUAGUUCAGCCCGGGACUUGAAGCUGCUUUGUGCGGAUGAUGAGCCCACCAGGACCUGCUGGAUCACAGCCAUGCGCUUGUUAAAGUAUGGGAUGCAACUGUACCAAAACUUCAUUCAGCCACACCAGAAACAAAAAGCCUCUCCAAUGAGAAGCAUCUCAGAGAACUCAUUGGUGGCCAUGGACUUUUCUGGCCAAAGGAGCCGGGUGAUCGAGAACCCAUCUGAGGCGCUGUCUGUGGCUGUAGAGGAAGGCCUGUCAUGGAGGAGGAAAAGCUGCCACCGUCUGAGCAGUCACGGGAGCCCCUCCACAUCACAGAGUUCAGUGUCAAACAUAGCUCUGCACUUGGCUCAGCCGUGGUUCCACAGCAAACUGUCUCGGGAUGAGGCUCAGCGUCUAAUCACUCAACAGGGUCUUAUUGAUGGAGUAUUUCUUCUGAGGGACAGCCAAAGCAACCCUAAGACAUUCGUACUGUCACUGUGCCACAUGCAGAAAGUCAAACACUUUCAGAUCUUACCUGUGGAUAAUGAAGGGGAGUCGCUCUACAGUCUGGAUGACGGUCACACACAGUUCACUGACUUGAUCCAGCUGGUGGAGUUUUACCAGCUAAACCGUGGGGUGCUGCCCUGCAAGCUCAAGCACCACUGUGCCCGGAUCACCCUGUGAGCAAGGGAGGCAGCAGACCCCUGCGGGCCCUCGUGCACCUUAACUCCAGGGCCUUUCUGGACAAACACUCCCAGUGUUUUUGUGCCUUGAAGAAGAAAGAUAUACACAAUAACUGAACAGCCAUGCUAACUGAAACCACUGUUAUCUUCAUCUAGAGUCCACAUUCAUACUGUGGUACACGGUCUGUCCUUUCUUAUUUUUCAGAAAAAGCUGAAUUUGACAAUAGACCAUAUAAUAACUGAUUAUGGGCGCUGAAGAUGAUGUGCGGUUUUAUCUGGUAAACACUACUCUUCAGUCCUGCCAAAUCCAUUGUGCAAAGUUCAAACAUGGCUUCUUGUCCUGUAUAUUGUAAAGCUGAAUGUGUAUUGCAAACAGAUUGUGGAGCCAAUGAAAGAAAGAAAGUAGCUUUUCUUGGUAAGUGACAUACAUUAACUGGACUUUGAGUUUUCACUGAAAAGUCAAAUAGAAUGUCUUCUGCAGUAUGUAUACCGUCAUUCAGUUGUGGUCUGUCAAAGCUAAUGAUGGUUGAGUCCCAACAAGGGCAUAAUUGUUUAUUUGCUACCGCGUGAUGCUGGGGAUUGCAGUACACAGCAUCUCUGAAUUAAAUUUGAGUAAAACUAAGCUAUCGUACUUUUCAUUGUCAUUGCAUCUCUCUGAGUAUUCAGGUUUUUUGUUUGUUUUUUUUUUUUUUUUUAAGAAAAUGAUUGUUUUCUAUUUGAGAGAUAAAAUGACCUCUCAGGAAGUGUCACUGUGCAUGCUCUGUAUGCUGGACCGAGACUGCUGUAGAGAGAAGAAGAGACGUAAUGUACAGGUGGAGAGGUGGCACACAGCCUCACUAGUCUGCACUGUACAUUAGUUUUAAAUGUAUGUGAUUAAAUGAAUUUUUUUGUAUUAGAUGAAAUCAGUUGUGCGCUUGCUCUACAGUAAGGGCAGUGGCAUAUUUCACCAAUUUUAGACAUAAGUCAUUAAGAUGGAAAUCAGAAAUAAUAAUAAUAUUUGAAUUCAUUGUAUAUUGAAAUUUAGCUUUUAUAUUUUCCAAAGAUUCAGGUACACCGUGUGCAAAGCCUGGGUUGGUUGUAUUUUGAUGUUAUUACCACUGCUGUGGUUAAACAGUGUCAGAUAUUGUUUUGAUUUUGAAAAGCCAAUAAUGCAUCAGCUUUUAAGAACAAGGUGUUGUAAAUCACUGACACGAUUGAAUGACCAUCUGGUGUUUUGUUGUUUCAUUUAUUUUUCAGCUGGACAACAGUGCAUUGAACAAUGAAUGUCAUGGACUGCAUAGUUUUAUAUAUAUAAACACAGCCUGUUUGUAAUGUAUGAUUUUGUUUGAUUUGUUGUCACAUUCAGGGUUUUCUGACUCCCAAAGAACUGUAGAAUAGUUAUUAGAAAAUCACCGUCUCAUUUUAACCCACAGUAGGUUUCAGUGAUGUUUAAGAACUGCCAGCAAUGUGUUAUUCAUGUUUACUGUGGUUCAGUAAGCAGCACCACAAGCUCUUUAACUCUAAAGCCUAAAUAAGAUCUGGCACAGAGUGAGGCAAUAGAUCACUAGGCUAAUAAACCCGAGCUUUAUUUCAAAUAUAAAACAGUUUACAUUGUAGUCUUUAGAUAGGAUAUUUCUCAGUAAGUAGGGCAUACAUGGUUAUCAUAUAAAUGCAAUGACACACGUGAAAUAUAACAGCAAAAUGAAGCCUUCUCAUCAGCACACAGUGGGGUGCUCCUCUGUGCAGAAAGAUUUUUCUGGUGAAUACAUAAGUCAUGAUUUUCUAAUGGGAUCCAGCACAGUUAAAUUUAGUCACACUACAUAGCCUGUGUACGGGACACAUUAGCCUAACAUUGUCAAGUAUGAUUUACUGAAUUCUGUGGGUACUACUCUGUAUACAUACAUAUACUUUGUGUCCUCCAUGGAACCGUCACAUAAAUAUUUUUUAUAACCACUAGAUGGUACUAGAAGCAUUUUGCUAUUGCUUGUCCAAGUUUGUGUCUGAAAUCUUAUUGUGUCCAGUGCAAUUUAAAUUACAUAAUACAUAAGAAAUGUGUCAAAGAUGCAAGUUGGGUUAA